GUUCGCGGCUCCGCGAAGAUGGCGAACCACGGUGCGGCCAGCUCCCAGGACGACGCAGAGGCCGAGGGCACCACCAAAGCAAAGCUCAAGAAGUCACGGGCACACCUCGCCGAACUUCGACGGCAGGCGGAGGGCCCAGACUUGGCCAAGCACGUCCAGGGGAACAUCGACGUCGUGCAGAAGGAAGUUGAUGACUUGCAGGCAGCUGUCGACAGCGGCAGCGACAUCCCACGGUGCUUCUCGGAGUGCGAGUUGGUCCGAGAGAGGAACAAAACGCAGGCGCAGCGUGAGCGCACGCAGGAGCGGGUUGAGAAGCUGGAGCAGAAUAUCCAGGAGGCCCAGGAGAAGCUCGACAGAGAGAACGCCCUCUUGGCCAGCCAAGAUGAGACAUUGCAAAAGCAGAGUGCCCGCAUCGAAGAGCUCAGCGUGCCCAUGUCAGGCAAGGGCUGGAGAGCGGCCGCAUCGUUCCUGGGGCAAGCCAAGAAGUGCCUGCGCGACCAGGAGACGGCCAAGAAGGAGGCCGACGCCGCAGCGCGGGAGGCCGCCGACGACAAGCAGCAGAGGAACAAGCGCAGAGCCGAGGAGGAGAUCAAGCAGGAGCUGGUCUCCUUCCCGCAGAACGCCGACGCGACGCAGAUCACAAAGAUCAUGCAGGGGCAGGGGCUCUUCACCAUCAAUGCGAACUCCAUCGGCGCACUGGAGCGGACUAUGCGCUCCAUCAGGUACACGCACAAGGAUCCCAUCAUCAUGGCGCAGGAGCUGCAGGCAAACGAGCACAGCAUCUCCUGCUUCACGCAGCGCAUGCAGAAGGAUGGCUGGAGGCUGGGCAUUGCGCCGAGCGUCCGCACCGCACGGGGGGGCCGGGGCGCAGGGGUGCUCCUGGCGACUGUGCGGCCAAACAACAUGAGCUACGCCAGGGGGCUCGACACGUGGGACAUCUCGCCCCGCGAGUCCAAGGGCCGCCUCGCGAUUGGCUGGGUCCGAGCCCGCGGCAAGGACCUCGGCAAGGAGGGCCUCACCAUAGGCACGGCCUACCUCUGGGUCAGCGAGGGCAUGACGGACCGCAACAGGGCCAUCCUACGGAACUUCACUACGGCCGCGGCAGCGGCGGGGAAGUAUUGGAUCUUGGGCGGCGACUUCAACAUGGACCCAGCUGAGCUCCAGCACACAGGGGUGGUCAACAGGAUGGACGGGGCCAUCGUGUUCGACACCUCGCGCGGCUCGUGCGUCGCCUCGGGCGAGGCACGGUACCGCGACUACUUCAUCAUGUCCAAGACGCUCCUGGACGGCCCGCUCCACGUGGCCGUGCAGGAUCAGUACAACACGGCGCCGCGCUCACCUGUGCUCCUGCGAGUGCCUCGCCUACGGGAAGAGGCACGCUGGGUGCGGGUACUACGGCGCCAACGGCGAUGGCCACUGCAGCUACCCACAGGCUGCGUGGCGGGGCCGACUUCGUGGCCACGGCUCCUGGAGCACCGCAGGCAUACUCAGGACGAUGUGGACCGCUACUGGGGCAACCUGGCCAACACGUACGAGGAGCACCUGAACAAGUACUUCAACUACGCCGGCCUGGACUGGCACGAGCGCAAGGGCCACCUGCAGCUGCCCACCUACGCGUGGGGGCAGCUCAAGCCACCCACGGUGCACGAGGCCGCGCGAGAGCAGCAGUGGGCGGAGGCAGCUGAGUGGCUGGGGCUGGGCCAAUGCUUGGAACACGUCAGCACAGCAGUGCGGGCGUGGUGGAAGAACGGGAAGCAAGAGACGUUGGUCUGGGCUCAGAACAACGCCAAGGGCAUCCUAGGGAAGGACAUCAUCGGGCCGCUCCUCGAGCGAAACCACCCAGCAUGGCGCGCCGAGCCCGACCAGGAGCGGGACAACGACGACGCCACGGACGAGCAGGACAACUCAGACAACCUGGACGAGUUAAACUACACGCUGCGCCGAGUCGAGGAGGACAUGACGAGCCUCCCAGAGAGUACUCCUCGGCGGACCCCCGCUGUCCUCGGCCCCACGGCCUCGCAGGACUGCCCGUUGGUCGGGGCGGAAGCGGCAGGAGAGCGCCGCCGACCGACGGGGCGGGGGCGAUACACGGACAUCGGUUGGGGCAAGUUGGUGAACACAGCCGCCUGGAUCGACGCCGAGCACAUCACCGAGAGGGGCUUGCACUACGUGGACUGCGUGGCCAAGCUCAUGACAGUUGCUAGCCAGCACACAUGGCGGCGAGUACGACAGGAAGUGGCUCGAAACUGGCGACGCUGGGUGACCAAGCACGGCCAGGCGGGAGCGGGAGCGCUGCACACGUGGACUAAGCCGCCUGUGCCGUGGGCCCCGAUCCAGCCGACAGAGUCCCGCGCCCAGAAGGAGCCCACGCACCCGCAGGUGGCAGCGGACACGGCGCUGGAGGGCUGGGAGACGGUCUGGGCGGACAGCUACAACGCCGACGAGCCGUGGUGCCAGGCACCCAGCGACGACGAGUGGAGCGAGCACAGAGUCCCGCGGAUCACCCCGAGGGACAUCAUCGAGGCUUGCGGGCGGUUCCGAGCUGGGACAGGCCUGGGAGAAGCAGGCUGGCACCCGCGUCUCUGGAGACAUGGCGGGUUCUCAGGUACGGCACGCGUGGCAAGCGUGCUCAAUGCGGUGGAGCGAGGAGCGCCGUGGCCCACGUCGCAGGCCACCACCCUCUUCUACCUCACUCCGAAGGCGGCAGGUGGCUUUCGCAACCUGGGCCUUAUCCCUGAGCUGGCGCGCGUGUGGGAGGCCAUCCGCAUCCCCUACGCCAGGCGCUGGGAGGCAGCAAACAAGCGAGCCUAUGACUGGGCACGCCGAGGGAGAUCGUCGGGGCGCGCGGCAUGGCUACAGGCACUCUACUGCGAGGCCGCGCGGGCCGAGGGACACGAUUAUGCGGUGACCUACUUCGACUUGAUCAAGUGCUUCAAGCCAAUCAUCAUGCGGACCGUCCUCAAGAUCUACAGCAUGGUGCGGCGCAUCGUCCUGGGCGGGUGCUACACCGACGGCAAGGCAUGGCAGCGGGGCAUCGCGGCGGGCAGCAGGUACGCACCGUUCUGUCUCAAGAUGGUGAUCAUCCUCGAGCUGGACAGGCUGGUGCACCAGUUCCCCUGGGCGGACACGUGCCUCUUCUUCGACGACCCCGCCAUGGCCACGUACGGCAGGCACGAGUACGUCGACGAGGUCCACCCGCGGCUCAUCGAGGCCGUGGUCACCAUGUUCGAGACCACGCUGGACAUGGCCGUCUCGCGCGGCGCGGAGGGGAAGACGGUCACCCGGGCCUCCUCCGCCGCGCUGGGCCAGCACAUCCACAAGAGUACCAGGCACCUCGGCGUGCAAGUAGUCAAGCACGAGAAGCACCUGGGAGAAGCGCUCGACGACGACCAGUUGGCCGCGCGGCUCCUGAGCGCGUGGCGCACCUGGGUGAUGAAGAUAUACAAGUGCAAGACCCCCUGGCUCACAGUUCGGGGGCCAGCGGGGGCGUUCGUGGCGACGGCCAGGCGCCUCGGCUGGAUGACGCAGGCCUCGCACACAGUGACCAUUGACGGGAACGUGCUCGACCUCCGCUACACCUUGCUGCAGGAGAUCCAGCACCACGUCGUGCGCACCACGGAGAAGCAGCUGCAGGACGAGUGGGUGAGCCAGCACGGCCGCCAGUACGGCAUCACCUCCAUCUUCCUGGCCCCAGUGCAGGCACUACUACGGCGGCCCCUCCAGGGCCGAUGGACGCAGGCCCACCGCGCGCGAGUGAGGGACGCGGCCGCAGGAGCCGAUGCUCUCUGGGGACGCGGCAUCACGGCCGACCCCGCCGACGAGCUUAGGCUCUGGGAGAUAGCCUCGUCCGACGACUGGCUCACCGAGGGCAACUGGGACGGCUUCGCGACAGGGGACAUCUACGUGGACGGCUCGUUGCAGUUCUGCGACUACGCACCACUGCGACGAGGAGGAUGGAGCUUCACCAAGCUCAAGGACAACGACGAGUACGACAUGGACUACGUGUGCUACGGGCCCCUCCCUGGCGCACAGUGGGUCCAGAGCAUCCUGCGGACGGAGCUCUACGCGCUGCUGCAGGCGCUGCGUGUGGGCACCCCGCCCAUGCGCAUCUUCACCGACUGCCAGAACGUCGUCGACGGCGUGAUGGCAGGACCAGCGUGGCUCGACAAGAGGAGCCGCCCGCACCUCGACCUCUGGGAGUGCAUCUCCCAGGCCAUCGCAGAGCUCGGAGGCCUGGGCCCGAGCACCGUGCAGGUGCUGAAGGCCUACAUUCAGAAGUAUCGACUGGUUCGGGACAUCUUGGAAUUCGGAGCCUACAUAGGAGUCCUGGGCCGUGACAUUGUCGACACUGAGCAGGGCUCGAGCCCCACGGACUCGAACCCCCCCGACCCCCCCUUGGACCCCCUGGACCCUCCUGGGAACCUGGGGGCGGUCGUGGGCGAGGAGGGCGGGGCCCUGGUGGCCCCUGAGCUCCCUGCCCCGCCCCUGGAGGCCGACCUCCCGUCCCGGGCCGCUCUGGACUGGGGGUGCACCAGG